AUGGCCAAUGAAUCCGGUACAAGCCACGGCGACGACCUCCAGAGGAUACUGCUUGAUGAAAGCGCCGAGCCCAUGAACCUGCAGUUAUCACUUCUAAAAGACAUCACAAAUUGUUUCUCUUCUGAUCACGAAAUUGGCAGGGGCGGGUUUGCGGUGGUUUAUAAGGGAGUUGUCGGCAAAGGUAUAGUCGCCGUGAAGAAGCUGACCAACACAGCUGCUGUUCCCGAAGAGAAAUUCCAUGAAGAGAUUAGAAACCUGAUAAAGGCCAAGCACAAGAAUAUAGUACGUUUUCUGGGGUAUGUGCUGACACGCAAGGAAAAAUGGAAGAGUACAAGGGGAAACUUGUCAUGGCAGAUCAACGGAACUGGUUGCUAUGUUUUGAGUAUGUAUGCAACGGGAGUCUUGAUAAUCACAUUACCGGUAGGAUGACGUUUAUUCCCAUAUUUGUUUGCUCUUUUAAAGGUUAUGAAUACAUAUAGUAUGUCAUACACUUACUUUACAUAGGUCAUACACUUACUUACAUAU